AUGCUUUCACAAAUUGUCAAAAAUAACUUGGUCAAAGGCUCAGGAAGAAGAACAUUCGCCACUGCUGUGAAUGAGAACUCACUUCCAAAGAAGUACGGUGGAAAGUACAUAGUGACUUUGAUUCCUGGUGACGGAAUUGGUAAAGAGAUUACAGACUCUGUUAAGACGAUUUUUGCCGCAGAGAAUGUCCCAAUUGAUUGGGAAACUGUCGAGCUUUCCGGUGUUUCCGGUUCGAAUUCACAGAUUGAUGAGGCUGUUCUUUCUUUGAAGAGAAAUAAGGUUGGAUUGAAAGGAAUCACCUACACACCUAGCUCUCCAUUUGCAAAAUCACUAAAUGUCGCAUUAAGAAAGGAGUUGGAUAUCUACGCUUCCUUGGUCCUGAUCAAGAAUAUUCCUGGAGUGCCUGCUAAAUUACAGGAUAUUGACUUCGUGUUGGUGAGAGAGAACACCGAGGGUGAGUAUUCUGGUCUCGAGCAUCAGUCUGUCCCGGGGGUUGUGGAAUCUUUGAAGAUUAUGACCAAAUACAAGACAGAAAGAAUCGCUCGGUUUGCUUUUGAUUUUGCCAUUAAAAACGACAGAAAGCUUGUUACCGCUAUUCAUAAAGCCAACAUUAUGAAACUUGGUGACGGUUUGUUCAGAGCUACCGUGAAGGAUGUCGGAACGUCGGAGUAUCCCGACAUUGAAGUCAAGGACAUGAUUGUGGACAAUGCUUCGAUGCAAGCUGUUUCGAACCCACAACAGUUUGAUGUCAUGGUGACACCAAAUCUUUAUGGUUCCAUCCUGUCUAAUAUUGGUGCCGCUCUUAUUGGGGGACCAGGUCUUGUUCCAGGUGCAAACUUCGGUAGAGAACAUGCAGUUUUCGAGCCAGGUUGCAGACACGUUGGUUUGGACAUCAAAGAUAAAAACCUGGCCAAUCCAACAGGAAUGAUCUUGUCUGCUACAAUGAUGUUGAGACAUCUUGGAUUGGACGACUAUGCUGACAGAAUCUCAAAAGCUACGUAUGAUGUUUUGGCAGAGGGAAAGACCGUCACUUCCGAUAUCGGAGGUAAAGCCACCACCACAGAGUUUACGGAGGCCAUCUUAUCAAAGCUCCAUGCUUGA